CCGAUUGGUAAACAUCGCGAUGCAAUUUGCUGGUUUAGCGCGCGAAUGUUUCGCUCGUUAAAUGUCGUUGUGGAAUUAUUAUACUUUGGUAUUGAUAGGUAUUUUAAAUCUUGCAAAAACUUGGCGGUCCGUGUCGAUGUAUGUUCAAUGAAUUGCAAAAAUGCUCGGAAGUGAAUCGCGGAUGAUCAGAGUUCAGCUAUAAAUAAUGUCGGAGAACGUGGAGAUAACGAUUCCCCUCGUACAGAGAGAGACGAAUCUGGUCUUCAAGAGCAUCUCCUACAGCAUCGGACAGCGAAAGAAAGAGAAGCAGCUGCUAAAGAACAUAUCCGGAAAAUUUCGCUCCGGUCGUCUCACCGCCAUUCUAGGACCAUCGGGUGCCGGUAAAACGACGCUGUUGAAUGUGCUCAGUGGCUUCAAAACCCAGGGUGUUAGUGGUAACAUUGUGAUCAACAAUGAAGUCAUUGAUCGACAUCGCUACCGUCAACUGGUCGCUUACACUGCUCAAGAUGUGGCCCUGCUACCCAACAUCACUCCUCGCGAAAACCUCCACUAUGCAGCGGAUUUGAAGCUUCCCAAGGAAAUCGGCGAACAAAAGAAGAUCACGACAGUCAACGAUGUGAUCGCGGUGCUAGGAUUGCAAAAGUGUGCCGAUACUCGAGCUCAGAUGCUUUCGGGAGGCGAGAAAAAGCGUCUCUCGAUCGGUAUGGAGCUUGUUUCUAAUCCGCAAAUCAUGUUCUUCGAUGAACCGACAAGCGGACUCGAUAGUGUAGCCUCCUAUCAAGUGAUAUCGUACAUGAAGGAUCUAGCUCAACAGGGCAGAUGUGUAGUGAGUGUCAUUCAUCAGCCUAGCUCCGAGCUGUUGGAGUUGUUCGACGAUGUCUAUGUUGUCGUUGAUGGACGAUGUCUGUACCAAGGAUCUUUGGAUAAUUUGAUAACGACAUUUGCGGAAGCGGGUUUCCAAUGUCCACCCUACUACAACCGCGCUGAUUUUGUGCUGAAAAUUGCAUCCAAAUACGACCAACAGAAUGUGGAGAUUGAAGAGAUGAUAACCGCAUCGGAGAAAUUGAUGUACACGGAAAUGGAUCACGGGAAGAGCCGAACCGCUACAUCUAACGCGUUUCUGGCCGACGAUGGUCACUUUUCUCAGUAUCCCAUCAGCUGGUGGGACCAGUUCAGCAUUCUGACACGACGGACAACAUUGGGAACGGUCCGUAAUCCUGCACUGAUGGGACUACGACUUUUCGGGCACAUACUAAUUGGGUUUACCAUCGGAUUUGUGUUCAGCAAUGUGGGAGCCGAUGCGUCAAAAGUGCUUUCAAACAUUUCGUUCAUGAUUCUGGUUCUGAUGUUCAUCAUCUUUGCCAACGCCAUGACCGUGGUUCUUACUUUCCCACUAGAAAUGGUCGUCUUCAUACGGGAGCACAAAAGCAACUACUACUCCGUCUCUGCGUACUAUUUCUCGAAGCUUGUCGCUGAUUUCCCGUGGAUGAUAACGGGCGUAACUGCGUACCUUCUGAUAGUGUACUAUCUAAGCGGCCAGCUGUUCCAAAUCGAUCGUAUCAUCAUGUUCUGGGGGAUUUGUGCACUCUUUGGUUGGUUAUCCCAACUGUAUGGCCUCAUUGCCGGCUGCAUUUUUUCUAUCGAACUCAGUCCGGUGAUAGUACCAGUCUCGAUGCUUCCUGCACUGCUAUUUUCUGGUUUCUUUAUUCGAUACAACGAGCUAACGGAUGUUUUCAAACCACUACCGAUGAUCAGCUAUUUCCGAUACGGAUUCGAAGGACUGGUACAGGCAACAUACGGUCACAAUCGAACGGAGCUCGAUUGCGCGGAGAUCUUUUGUUACUACCGGAAAACGAACAAGAUACUGGAUGAGUUGCACAUGGUACCGGACCGGUAUUGGACAGAUGUACUAGGGUUGUCUAUAUGGAUUGUGUUCCUGCAUGUGGUGCUGUACUUUAGUUUGCGGUAUAGAAUACGUUUAAACCACUGAAUAAUACCGCGAAGUUGAUCAACAGACUAAAGCAAAUUCUAGAUAUCAGUUGAUCAUCAUAGAUGAUAUGAAAAACAACGGUGCAACAUUUAUUACAAUGGAUGGAAACUUUGCAUAAUACAUACUAUGUGGUGUAAUCAAUGAGGCGCCAUGAAAUAAAAAGAGGGAAUGCAUCUUAUUGAGCAGUGCGGUGUCCGCCCAAUAAACCUACGUUAUGGGGAGAAAAUCGGAAAAGCGUUCCUUAUCCUCUUCGUCAUACGGGUGAUCAUUUAUGUGGUGUUUGUGGUAAGUUUGCGACGAAUAAAAUGAAGCCAUGUGUUGCGUUCUAACGAACAACGUGUUGGGAUGUUUGAAUUGCUUGUGGUCACCAGAUGAUGCAUCGAUAAAGAGAGCUGUGUUGUGAUGUUGCAUACACUGAGGAACAUUAGCGGUUUUUGUUUGGUUUGCAAGAUGGUUUAAUUUGAUUGAUUCUUAAAUAAAUAAGACUGAUGUUGUUUAACAUACAACCUUUCAAUUGGUUCUGCAGGAUGCACCUUUCAAG